GUACCCUCUCAAUUGCAGAGGUCGCGUCAUCUUUGAUCCCGCUAUCUACUACUGUGUCUCUUGCGGCGUCAGUCAGUUGGAGGGCGAUUCGACAAAGGAUCUGUACUUCUUUUGAUUGCUUUGCUUUCGUCUCAUUUGGAUCUCCGGGGUUUCUCCUUUUAGUAUCAUCAACAAAGCUCAAUUUUUGCACUCAAACAUGCCACUCAGACUGGAAAUAAAGAGGAAACUUGCUCAAAGAUCGGAAAGGGUAAAAUCUGUGGACUUGCACCCAACAGAACCAUGGAUAUUGGCUAGUCUGUACACUGGAACUGUUUGCAUAUGGGACUACCAGUCCCAGACAAUGGUGAAGUCAUUUGAAGCCACUGAGUUACCAGUGAGAUCUGCAAAAUUCAUUGCACGAAAGCAAUGGGUUGUUGCUGGGGCUGACGACAUGCUUAUCCGUGUUUACAAUUACAAUACUAUGGACAAGGUCAAAGUGUUUGAAGCACAUACAGAUUAUAUCAGAUGCGUGGCAGUUCAUCCUACCCUUCCAUAUGUGUUAUCAUCUUCGGAUGACAUGCUUAUCAAGCUUUGGGAUUGGGACAAAGGCUGGAUGUGCACUCAAAUCUUUGAAGGCCAUUCACACUAUAUUAUGCAAGUGACAUUUAAUCCAAAAGACACCAACACUUUUGCAAGUGCAUCUUUAGAUCGCACAAUAAAGAUAUGGAAUCUUGGGUCACCAGAUCCAAAUUUUACACUAGAUGCCCACUCGAAAGGUGUAAAUUGUGUAGAUUACUUCACUGGUGGUGAUAAACCUUUCUUAAUAACUGGUUCUGAUGAUCAGACUGCUAAGGUGUGGGAUUAUCAAACCAGAAGUUGUGUCCAGACGCUCGAAGGUCAUACCCAUAAUGUUUCGGCUGUGUGUUUCCAUCCUGAUCUCCCGAUCAUACUAACAGGUUCCGAGGAUGGUACAGUUCGUAUAUGGCAUGCUACUACGUACAGACUUGAAAACACUCUAAACUAUGGACUCGAAAGAGUUUGGGCCAUUGGCUAUUCAAAAGGUUCACGCAGGAUUGUAAUUGGUUAUGAUGAAGGGACCAUUAUGGUCAAAAUUGGUAGAGAAGAACCUGUUGCUAGUAUGGACAGUAGUGGCAAAAUCAUAUGGGCCAAACAUAACGAGAUACAAACAGUUAACAUUAAAAGUGUUGGAGCAGAUUAUGAGGCCACUGAUGGAGAAAGAUUACCUUUGGGAGUGAAAGAGCUGGGAAACUGUGAUCUUUAUCCUCAGAGCUUGAAGCAUAAUCCUAAUGGAAGGUUUGUUGUUGUUUGCGGAGAUGGUGAGUACAUCAUAUAUACUGCUUUGGCAUGGAGGAAUAGAUCAUUUGGCUCAGCACUGGAAUUUGUUUGGUCAUCCGAUGGUGAAUAUGCUAUCAGAGAAAGUACAUCAAAAAUAAAAAUAUUUAGCAAAACUUUCCAGGAAAAGAAGAGCAUCCGGCCAACAUUUUCUGCCGAGCGCAUAUAUGGUGGAACACUGCUUUCAAUGUGCUCAAGUGAUUUUAUUUGUUUCUAUGAUUGGGUUGAUUGCAGGUUAAUUAGACGUAUAGAUGUUACUGUCAAAAAUCUCUACUGGGCCGAUAGUGGUGAUAUGGUGGCGAUUGCCAGUGAUGCAUCAUUUUAUAUAUUAAAAUACAAUCGUGAUGUAGUUACUGCAUAUUUAGAUAGCGGAAGACCAGUGGAUGAGCAAGGAGUAGAGGAUGCGUUUGAGCUUCUUUAUGAAAUAAAUGAACGAGUCAGGGCAGGAAUUUGGGUUGGGGAUUGUUUUAUUUACAACAACUCUUCUUGGAAACUAAACUACUGUGUUGGAGGGGAGGUGACAACAAUGUUUCAUUUAGACCGGCCUAUGUACUUGUUAGGAUAUUUGGCUAAUCAGAGUAGGGUUUAUUUGAUUGACAAAGAGUUCAAUGUUGUGGGAUACACAUUACUUCUCAGUUUGAUUGAAUAUAAGACACUCGUUAUGCGUGGUGACUUGGAACGGGCUAAUGAUAUCUUACCUUCAAUUCCUAAGGAGCAGCUUAAUAGCGUUGCUCGUUUCUUGGAAUCACGAGGAAUGGUGGAGGAUGCUCUGGAAGUAGCUACAGACCCUGACUAUAGAUUUGAGCUUGCUAUACAACUGGGCAAACUAGAUACCGCAAAGGAAAUUGCUGCAGUAUCACAGAGUGAAUCGAAGUGGAAGCAACUGGGUGAACUGGCAAUGUCAACUGGAAUGUUGGAUAUGGCUGAAGACUGCCUAAUGAAUGCAAUGGAUUUGAGUGGUCUGCUGCUACUCUAUUCCUCUUUGGGAGAUGCUGUGGGCAUAACAAAACUAUCAUCUCUUGCCAAAGAACAUGGGAAACAUAAUGUUGCAUUCCUUUGUCUGUUCAUGUUGGGUAAUUUGGAAGAGUGUUUGCAGCUAUUGAUUGACAGCAAUCGGAUACCUGAGGCUGCUCUGAUGGCUCGGUCUUAUCUUCCAAGCAAUGUCUCAGAGAUCGUAGAAUUAUGGAGAAAAGAUCUCAAUAAGGUCAAUCAGAAAGCAGCUGAAUCUUUGGCUGAUCCUGAGGAGUAUCCUAAUAUGUUUGAUGACUGGCAAGUUGCCCUUGAGGUUCAAAUAAAAGUGGCAGAGACAAGAUGCACUUAUCCUCCAGCAGGAGAGUAUGCAAAUUUUGCUGGAAGGUCUCAUAUUAACCUUGUGGAGGCCUUCAGAAAUAUGCAAGUAGAUGAUGAGGUGCCUCACGAAAAUGGAGGCUUGGAUCACGAGCUUGAGCAAAAUGGAGAGGAGCAAGAAUUUGUUCAUGAGGAGGUACAAGAAGAAGAGGUACAUGAAGAAGCAGAUAUAGUGGAUGAGGAUUCAAAUGACAGUGCAGUACUUGUCAAUGGGAAUGAGGCUGACGAAGACAGUGAAGACAAGACAUCAGCCUAAAACAGUUUGCCCCACCCGAAAUCUCUAAUCAUGUUCCCAGGUUUUUCCAUAUGAUUGUGUGCAAUAUAAAGACGGGUAUCCUAUCCCAGCAUUGUCAUUUUGUAGGGAAGAAUCUUUGUUUUUUCUUUUAUUUAUUUAUACACAAUCUCCCAGAUCUAUCAAGUUACUCAGUUUCCUUUGUUGUUAUUAUAGAACAUUUAUUUUGCGGCCAACUGUUAUAAUUACUUAUUGGUGUAUAUCUUUUGCUGGAAAGUUUUGAAGGGGAUUGUGAUUGUCUAUGAAAUGGAUUUUUCAUUUUCUGGGC